AUGGAGGAUGCAAUCAACUCGAAGGCCGCGGCACUGUCCCUCGACAAUGAGGACCACGACCAGCUUCCAGGCCGACCGCGCUCCGAAAGCGCAAGCAGUGGACACAAGCGCAGUUCCUCUGGUUCAUUGCUCUCACGACUCUCCUUUCUACGUAUGAUGCAAGCCAACCAAAAUCCUUCGGACCGCGCACGCUCCAACCUCAAAGCAGACGACGACCGCGACGAUCUCGGUUCAGGGUUGCGAGGGGGAAGGGCCGCCAUGUCGACGGCGCUACAACAUAGAAGGACUCGCAGGAGGCGAGGGUCUCUGAGGAAGACGGCUUUACUGGGCACGCGGUUUGAUUAUCGAGACAAGAAGGGCAGCAGGCCGCCCGUGGAUUUUGCUCGUGGGGACGUUGCCGACCAGCAUCAGGUUCAACAGCAGCAACAACAACUGGUGCCACCACCUAUACCUACGCGCAAUCGGAUACGAAGUUUUGGCGACCCGGUCUCGCCGAGUGAUGGAUUUAUAACUAGCCAAACGCCAGGGAUGGAGGGGCUAGGAGAGAGUAAAACUCCCUCUACCUGGACUCUGAUGGACGCGCCGCAACGGGGUCGGAAGGCUUCGACUUCGGUGCAGCCGCAUCUUCAGCCCAUCGAAUCAAAGGAAAAUGAUCUCGCUGAAGAUGUUACCACCGAUGAUGAGGAUAUCGUCUCUUUCCCUCCGAGGACGGGUACUGGUGGCGCUGCCGGUUUACGGCUUCCCACUCCCGCGUCGAGUUCGGAUUCUUAUUACGCACUGCCGGCGGAUUCAGGGUAUGGGGCUGCUCAUCGCGCCAAAUCACCUCUCGCAACGCAUGCGGCUGACAUCACUGGCAGCCAGGAGACGAUGGGGUGGGACUAUUCCGAGACAGAGUGGUGGGGGUAUAUUAUUUUGAUAGUUACUUGGUUGGUUUUUGUUGUGGGGAUGGGAAGCUGCUUUGGCGUCUGGAGCUGGGCUUGGGAUGUCGGAGAGACCCCUUAUGCACCCCCUGAGCUGGAGGAUGAUCCUACCCUUCCCAUUGUUGGUUAUUACCCUGCUCUCAUUAUAUUAACCGCGGUCAUGUCUUGGGUGUGGGUUAUCAUUGCGUGGGUAGGCAUGAAGUACUUCAAGCAUGCCAAUAUAACGGGGGACGAUACAUGA